AUGGGCCCCUCCCCAGCUGAAAGUCCAUCCCCAAGUCCCAACCUGCCUUCCAGCAGGAGAGCUCAGCCUCCUCCAGGUGAGAGUCUGCUGAAGGCGCUGCUGCUGGGAAUGAGUAACGGAGAGGCCCUGAGACAAAGAGCAGCUUUGCAGAUUCAGAAUGAAUACUGUAAACAGAAGCUGGAUGUGAGGGUGGUCCACUCCUUCAACCAGUGGCAGGCCUGCCUCAAGGACAGCAUCCACCUGAACCAGCUGCUGGGCUUCCCGUUACCUGAACCACAGAUCGCACGGUUGUAUGAGGGGACGUUGGUCCACCAUCUGGUCCACCGCAUGAGGACAAGAAAAUUAAAGCACUUACUGAAAUAUAAUCGCUCAAGUAUGAAACAGUACAAAACCAUGCUGGCUGCCAUCCACCAGUUUCGUGCUCAGGAGGCGUCGACGCCGUCAAAGACCCAGGAGAGGUCAACGGCUCGACAGCGGCAGUCGCUGUACGACCUGACCGUCAACCUGCAGCAGCUGUACGGAGUCAAUGACGAGGAGGCUGCGACUGAAGUCAGAAGUGCAGUCAAAGCACUGGAGGAUAUACAUCUGGAUGAUUUGGUGUUGUUGAGAACUCGAUACAAAGCUAAAGAAAGGAACAACCGGAGCAAAAACCCUGAACUGGCCCGCAAAGAGGAGUGCAGGGGCGUGGACCUCCUCUGAUCUCAGCCCACAAGCUCAGCGUCCGAUUUACUUCAGUCCUGGAUCAGAAGCAAACUGGUGGUGCUGUUGAAAAAUAAUUUGUAAUUAAUCAGGAUUUCAUUAGACACAUACAUGGACUUAUCCCUUUAAAGCUGCAUUAAUGAUUUAUUUGGGGGCAGUUAAACAAGCUUUAAACACAAUCACAGUUAGUGUCAAAUUAUUGGACUUAAAUAAAUGUGUGAAAUAAAGUCAAUAUUAAUUAUAACAUUAUUGUUAGUAUUAUGUAAAUCAAAUAGACAGCACUGACCUCUGCCUUGUAAC